UCUUUUUCUUGGUCGGCUCCGGAGGCCGACUGUGAAUACAAGAUGGCUGUCGCAUCUCUUGAGAAUGAUGAUCACGGCCAGCCUCGGUUUCCAGGCUGCUGCAACAUUCGCGAUUUCGCAUUUAUCGACAAGCUCGGCGAGGGAACCUUUGGUAUGGUUUACAAAGCACGAUCCAAGAAAGACAACUCGGUCAUGGCCCUGAAGAAGAUUCUCAUGCACCACGAGAAGGAGGGCUUUCCCAUUACUGCAAUUCGAGAGAUCAAACUCUUGAAAGCCCUUUCUCAUCCAAAUAUCUUGCAACUCAAGGAGAUGGCCGUUGAGCGAAACAAGGGCGAAGGGCGGAAAAAGCCUAACAUGUACAUGGUCAUGCCGUACAUGGAGCAUGACUUAUCGGGACUACUCGAGAACCCAGAUGUCCAGUUUACCGAGCCCCAGAUCAAGUGCUAUUUAAUGCAGCUUCUUGAAGGGUUGCGGUACCUGCAUGCGAACUGCAUUCUGCAUCGUGACAUGAAGGCUGCCAAUCUUCUUAUCAGCAAUGAAGGAAUCCUUCAGAUCGCAGACUUUGGGCUCGCGCGACCCUUCGAUGAACCCCCUCCACAGCCUGGCAAGGGCGGGGGAGAAGCCAAGAGGGAGUACACCGCUCUUGUUGUCACCAGGUGGUAUCGACCGCCCGAGCUACUUCUUCAACUCCGGCGGUACACAACAGCCAUCGAUAUGUGGGGGGCCGGGUGUGUUUUCGGCGAGAUGUUCAAAGGAAAGCCUAUUCUCUCCGGCAACACUGAUCUCGAUCAAGCGAGGCUCAUUUUUAACCUCGUGGGUACUCCAACCGAGGAGAACAUGCCUGGGUGGAGUUCGCUCCCGAGCCUCGAAGGCGUGAAGGACUGGGGAUCCAAACGUGGAAAUCUUGGGGAGGUCUUCAGAGAUCUGAGCCCGACAGCCAUCUCGCUGCUGUCUGAACUUCUCCGGCUCGACUGGCGGAAACGGAUCAACGCCAUAGAUGCUUUAAAACACCCUUAUUUCACCACGCCUCCACUACCUGCGCGCCCCGGUGACAUUCCCCGCUUCCAAGAUUCCCACGAGUUGGACAAAAAGAAGCCACCACAGCGGCCACCUAUGCCUCCUGCACCCGCAGGUGGCUCCGCCAAUACCGCCUCCAACGGAGGGUGGGCUAGCUCUGGCUCUCGAGGUCCAGAUUCGCGCAGUCGCAUCCCAGGUGCAGCCCGUGGAGGUCGAUCGAACGCCCCGGGCUCGGGCGGCAACUUGCACCGGGGCGGGCCAUUCCCACCUUCGCGGGAUAACGGACUACCGCCGCGGCCUCCCGUGUCGGCUCGCCCUCCAUGGGAUGGGUCACAGACGGGCAGGUCGGAUGGGAGAGAUGACCAGCGACGAGACCGACCUGGUCAGAAUCGGACCGGCGGGAGAUUCUCGAACAACGUCGACUCGUACGUUCCCAACUACGGCAAUCCUCAUGAGCGCCCGCGCGAUUCGGGUGACCAUAACGCCCAAUCGAAUCCCGAAUGGCGCAACUCGAAUCGCCGUGAUUAUCGCCGUGACGCUCCUCGACGACGAAGCCGAAGUCCUAACUUUAGAGACUCGAGCAGAGGGUGA